AUAAUCGUUUCCACAAGCGAAAUGGUGGAAACUAUUGGUGGAAAGAUUCAUGCCUUCAUUGAAAGUGUCAAGUAUGGCUGUGUCGUGUUAUCGUGUAUGUUCGUGAAUCGUGAUAACGCACUUGACUUGAUCAAGCAGUUAACUGUCGAGUUUGCCUUGGAGGAUGUGACGUCUUUUGCUUCUGCCAGUCAUAUUACUUCUAAUCAUUUCAAGCAACAUGUUAUACCCAUCAUACCUCCACAUGAAAGGACUGCUCUUACAUCCCACGAAAGACUGGCUUCUGCCAGUCAUAUUACUUCUAAUCAUUUCAAGCAACAUGUUAUACCCAUCAUACUCCACAUGAAAGGACUGCUCUUACAUCCCACGAAAGACUCCCCAGUUGGAGUGAACAAAACUCGAUCUAGGAAAUGAUAUCCAAUCAAUGAGGACAUCUCAAAGGAACAGAGAUUCAGGAUUAUAUUCAGUAUUAUAUCAUGCUCGCGAUCAGUAUGCUGUCGACCUUGAAGUUACUUAUAACAGCUUGGGAGUCGGUGGAACAAAAAUAAGAACGAGUACGAUUUACGAGAAUUCUCUAGACGGUCUUCACGACAUAUCUUCAUGACCCUGGUAAAUAGUAGAAGCUUACAAUUUCGAGA